UGCGUCCGUCGCUGUCCCGCUCUGCAGCCCCUUCGCGCCGGGAGCAUCGCCCCGCAGGCUUGGCCAAAUGGAGGAGGAGGGGGCAGUGAGGAAGAUGCUCCAGGAUACCCAGGCAGGCACUGAGCUGGAGAUGGAGACCAGGGUGGACAAAUCCCCACAGCAGAACCUCAUGGAAGAGGCCGUUUUGAGCGGCUCCAAGGGGCAGGAAUCCAAUAGGGAGGAAAAGCCAAAGGAAUCCCCCACAAGGAAGGGCUCCAAACCCAGCCCAGGGUGCUCUGAGGAGCAAAGACGCCCCCAUUGCUUCAUCCAGAAAUCCACUCUGGUGAUCCAUGAGCAGUUUGAUGCCGGGGAAAAGCCCUACAUGUGCUUGGAAUGUGGGAAGAGCUUCAGCCACACCUCCCACCUCUUCAUCCACCACCAAGUACACACAGGGGAAUGGCCCUACAGGUGCUUGGAAUGUGGCAAGAUCUUCAACUGCAACUACCAGCUCAUCCCCCACAUGCGCCAGCACACUGGGGAACGGCCCUACAAGUGUGGGGAAUGUGGGAAGAGCUUCGGCUUCCACUCAGUCCUAGUCCAGCACCAGAAGAUCCACUCAGGAGAAAAACCCUACAAAUGCUUCAAGUGUGGGAAGGGCUUCAGCCGUAGAUCUAGCCUGAUUGACCACAAGAAGACCCACAGUGAGGACCAGCCCUAUGAGUGUCCCAAGUGUGGGAAGGAGUUUCAGACCAGGUCAAAUCUCCUCAUACAUCAGCGAACACACACGGAGUAGAGGCCCUUCUGCUGCCCUGCCUGUGGGAAGAGCUUCAAGCACAACUUCACCCUCACCCUGCACCGGCGCACCCACACCGGGGAGAGGCCCUACGAGUGUGGGGAGUGUGGGAAGGGACAGAGCUCUGCCUUGAUGUCACACAAAUGCACCCACCUGUAAGGGAGACCCUGCAAGUGCCGCGAGUGCAGGAAGAGCUUUGUGUGCUGCUCCAGCUCCAUCCCCCAUGGGAGGAUCUGCUUUGGGUGAUCCCCAGUGAUCCCUGUUGGGCAGAUCCCUGGUGACCCCCGUUAUGGGUGAACUCUUUUGAGAAGACACCUGGCUGGAGGUCUCCACAUCCUCCUGAUUCCCUGUGGGUACCUAGAUGAAGGCAGGGGCAGGAAUAUCCAUCGGGACUCAGAAUUGGCAUCAAGAAUUCAUUGGGAAGAGUGGAUUUGUUAACCUUCAACCCUAAAAGUCUCAGAUCUCCCAUCCAAUCCUUUCUUCCUGUGGCAUCAAGCAAUGUUGGAUGGUCUUUGAGGUCUUUUCCAGCCUCAGUGGUUCCAUUAUUCUGAUUCUCUAUGGCCCACAGGUGUCUUCCACAGUCAAAUGGUGAUGGAUUUGGGCAAAGACCAAGAUUUGGGGUGGAAACCCCUCCAACAAAGGCUCUUCCCUGCACUGAACCCAACCCUACAGAUAUUCUCGUGAUGCUGACAAGUAACUCCUUUUUUUGAGCUUGAUUUUAUUUCAUCUAUUUUUAUUCCCUAC